CGGAGCCUGGGCGUUCUGGCAGCGCCGGAGCCAGGCAGCAGAGCCAAGCUGGGCUGGCACUCACCCACGACCCCCCUUCCCUGCUAUGAUGGCCCGUCAGUAGCAGGUUUCAGACCCCCUGGGGGCAUGUAGGCAGAGCUAGCGGCAGCCAGGUGCGCAGAGCCACAAGAGCUCUAGGGCACUCUGGGGGCAGCUUUGCCUGCUGCGGUCUCUGGUGCCUGGGGAAAUGCCCAACUGACGGGCGAGCUGGUGAGGACAAGAACGUUCCCUUUUGGCCCGAGUCCGCUGCAUCCAUGGCGCUGCCGGCCAGUCUGGUGCCCCUGUGCUGCUUGGCACUUCUGGUGCUGCCGGCCCAGAGCUGCGGGCCGGGCCGGGGGCCGGUUGGCCGGCGCCGCUACGUGCGCAAGCAGCUGGUACCGCUGCUCUACAAGCAAUUUGUCCCCAGCGUGCCUGAGCGGACCCUGGGCGCCAGUGGGCCAGCUGAAGGGAGGGUGGCAAGGGGCUCCGAGCGCUUCCGGGACCUGGUGCCCAACUACAACCCCGACAUCAUCUUCAAGGAUGAGGAGAACAGUGGAGCAGACCGCUUGAUGACAGAGCGUUGUAAGGAGCGGGUGAACGCGCUGGCCAUUGCCGUGAUGAACAUGUGGCCCGGAGUGCGCCUGCGGGUGACCGAAGGCUGGGAUGAGGACGGCCACCACGCUCAGGACUCACUCCACUACGAAGGCCGUGCCCUGGACAUCACCACGUCCGACCGAGACCGCAAUAAGUAUGGGUUGCUGGCGCGCCUGGCAGUGGAAGCCGGCUUCGACUGGGUCUACUACGAGUCCCGCAACCACGUCCACGUGUCGGUCAAAGCCGAUAACUCACUGGCGGUCAGGGCAGGCGGCUGCUUUCCGGGAAAUGCCACAGUGCGCCUGCGGAGCGGCGAGCGGAAGGGGCUGAGGGAACUGCAUCGCGGGGACUGGGUGCUGGCGGCAGACGCGGCAGGCCGGGUGGUGCCUACGCCGGUGCUGCUCUUCCUGGACCGGGACUUGCAGCGCCGGGCUUCUUUCGUGGCUGUGGAGACCGAGCGGCCCCCGCGCAAGCUGUUGCUCACGCCCUGGCACCUGGUGUUCGCCGCUCGAGGGCCGGCACCGGCGCCAGGCGAUUUUGCACCGGUGUUCGCGCGUCGGCUGCGCGCUGGGGACUCGGUGCUGGCGCCUGGCGGGGACGCGCUUCGGCCGGCGCGUGUGGCUCGCGUGGCGCGGGAGGAAGCGGUGGGGGUGUUCGCGCCGCUCACAGCGCACGGGACGCUGCUGGUCAACGACGUCCUGGCCUCUUGCUACGCGGUUCUGGAAAGUCACCAGUGGGCGCACCGCGCAUUUGCUCCUUUGCGCCUGCUGCACGCGCUGGGCGCGCUGCUUCCCGGCGGGGCCGUCCAGCCGACUGGCAUGCAUUGGUACUCUCGGUUCCUCUAUCGCUUGGCGGAGGAGCUGCUGGGCUGAGCACUCCAGGCAUAGAAACCUCGAGGCGCUCGCCGAAACGGGGCGUGCGGGCUGAGAUCUGGGGAUAUGGGCAGCAACCGAUGCUGAUUGGGAGGGAGGGAGGAAUGGGGAGAAAAACGGAGGUGAUAGGGGACUGCCUGGUUUAGGGGCAACCUCUAACUGAGAAGCGAUGAUCCCAGGUCCUAGGUAGGUGGGAUUGAUGGUGAGUACCCCUUGACACGGACUAUUUCGCCUCUUCUUCCCCAGUGCCUCAGCCCCACCUGAUUAUUUUAUUUUAUUUUCUAUUUAUAAAUUGUAAUAUAAUGAUCUGCUUGCCCAGCCUGGCAAGAUUGAGGGGCUGGGGCUUGGAGUUAACACUGUCUGACACAGCCAGCCAAUCUGACGUCUGACAUUCCCACAGGUGGGCUAAUAAAGGGAAGGCUUCCAGGAGCUUAUUGGAAA